AUGGCUGAUCCUCGCGGCUCCUCCCCCUCCUCCUCCUCCUCCUCGCGUCGUGCGAGAGCUGGCGACGAUGUCGUCGGCCAGUUCAUUAUCGGCUCCGAGAUAGGAAAAGGCAGCUUUGCCCAGGUCUACAUGGGCAAGCACAAGGUAUCAGGUGCUGCAGUCGCAAUCAAGUCCGUCGAGCUCGGUCGAUUGAACAAUAAGUUGAAGGCGAACCUUUACAGCGAAAUCAAGAUCCUCAAGAAGCUCCGGCAUCCUCAUAUUGUUGCCCUCCAUGACUGCAUCGAGUCCAAAACCCACAUCAACUUGAUGAUGGAGUACUGCGAGCUGGGUGACCUGUCGUUGUUCAUCAAGAAGAGAGACAAGCUCGUUACACACCCUGCGACUUGCGAUAUGGCCCGGAAAUAUCCCAGCGUUCCCGGUGCCGGCCUCAACGAAGUCGUUAUCCGCCAUUUUCUGAAGCAGCUCGUCAGUGCUUUGCAGUUCCUACGAGAGAGCAACUUCGUCCAUCGAGAUAUCAAGCCACAAAACCUCUUGCUGCUUCCGUCCCUUGCGUACCGGGAAACCAACAAGGACAGCCGCCCUAUCCUCAGCGCCAGUCAGGAUUCGUUAAUACCGGCUGUUGGCCUGCAGUCGCUACCGAUGUUGAAGCUGGCGGAUUUUGGCUUUGCCCGUGUUUUACCGUCAACGUCGUUGGCCGAGACGCUCUGUGGGUCACCAUUGUACAUGGCGCCCGAGAUACUGCGUUACGAACGAUACGAUGCCAAGGCCGAUCUGUGGUCUGUUGGGACUGUCGGGUAUGAGAUGAUAUCCGGCAAACCACCGUUUCGAGCCAACAACCAUGUCGAACUCCUGCGAAGGAUCGAGAAUUCCGAGGACCAAAUCCGGUUUUCGAAAGAAUGUCAAGCGACUCCCGACGUCAAAGCACUGAUACGUGCUCUGUUGAAGCGCAAUCCAGUCGAGAGAUUGAGCUUUGAGAACUUAUUCAACCAUCAGGUCAUUGCAGAUCCCAUUCCUGGCUUGGUCGAAGACGAUGUACCAAAAAUCCAACGACAGCCAUCAAAAGAAGUCCGGGCUCUGUCAAAGACGGAUGAACCUCGACUAGGCCGACGUUUGUCGACCCAUCGCCGCUACGGCACCGAACCAGAGUCUGGGCGCCAGGAUUUUGGUUCGUCAUCACCGCGCGAUAAGCCCAUGAAGUCUUCGCCUCUGGCCACCACGCCCGAAUUUAAAAACGAGGAUCAACCGGUACAGGGCGCAUCGCGUGAUACGCAGUCGCCACGAGAUGACAUUACUCCUGGUCUGGGAAUUCGGCGACCCCAACCGGUCCCAUCUACGUCGGCGCCUUCACGGCAAGCUCUCCUUGAAGGUCGGCGCAGACGUGGCUAUUCCAAUGCCUCAGCUACCAAGUAUCCCCGUGAUGAGCCAUUGCCUCCCUCUUCGUACGUCCACGAUAACGCCAGCAAUGGAAAAGGCAGACCUCCACGUCCCGCUGCCGAUGAGCGAGAAAAGACUGCUCAGGAUAUCGCUUUUGAGCGGGAUUAUGUCGUUGUGGAGAAGAAGCACGUCGAAGUGAACGCUUUUGCCGACGAGUUGGCUGCCAAAGGAGCCCAGGCGCAAGCCAUGAUUCCCAGGUCGGGACAAGUCAUUCGUCGUGCCACCCAACAAGGCGUUCCGACAUCAACAACUGGGGCCAUUCCGGCACAACCUUCCAACGCUCUUCAGAUCGCGCAAGGCAAGCAACGUCCUGAGCAACAGCAUCGAGGAUCGUACGAUAAGAACCUCUCUGGCAGCCCUAAUUCCACGACAUCGGUCAUCUCCAAGGCCAUUCAAGACGCCAGCUUAAGGCUGUUUGGCUUCAAAUAUCCGUCGCACAUGCUUGGCAAAGGUGCAUCGCCCCCGCACAUGUACGGCGCCUUUCCUGCAUAUCCCACCGCAACUACCCCGGAUGGCCUCAUCACCGAUGGACGUCAAGGUGGUCCGGUCGAUGAGGAUAUGCGAGUUGCCCAGUGUAUUGAGGACUUUGCUACACGAAGUGAUGUUGUUUGGGGCUUCGCCGAGGUCAAGUACAAACAACUCAUACCCCUUGCGCCAUCCAUGGAUCACGGACUCGGAGGCACACCCGCGGAGACGAUGCCAUCGGAAGAAGAUGAUGGACUCACCACAGAGGCGGUUGUUGUGCUUUCGGAGGAGGCCCUCGUCCUCUACGUCAAGGCUCUGUCUCUUCUCGCUAAGUCUAUGGAUAUCGCAAGCGUCUGGUGGGCACGCAAGGCCAGAGGUGAUUCUACCUCGACACAACAUGUCGUACCACGAGACGCAACUAGCACUCAAAAUCUUGUGACAAGGGUCAAUUCGGCUGUGCAAUGGGUUCGCAAACGGUUUAACGAGACACUUGAAAAGGCCGAGGUUGUCAGACUCAAGCUGGUCGAUGCUCAAAAACAGCUACCUGCGGAUCACUCAAGUCAUUCGCAUGACAAUCAGCUAGAAGCCGUUACGCCGGGCAGUUCUAGUGCGGAGGGCAUCGUGUUGACAGCAGGAUUGAGCGCCGAGAAACUCAUGUACGAACGAGCCCUUGAAAUGAGUCGCGCAGCUGCUAUUAACGAGAUUGCAAACGAGGACCUGAGCGGAUGCGAGAUCUCAUACGUCACCGCGAUCCGGAUGCUCGAAGCAGUGCUUGACAAUGACGAGGAUAUCUUCACCAAGCGAAGGCUGUCUGGAACAAAGCCGGAGCGAGAUGUGAUUCGAGAAGGCGCAUCGGGCAUGAACCAGGACGAUCAACAAGCGGUUCAUAAGAUGAUCCAAAUGAUUACUGGCAGACUUACCGCCCUUCGAAAGAAGAUGCAAAUGAUCGCCAAUGCCCAACAACAGGGUCUACCCCGAAGCCGGAGCGGCGAUCUCGCGCCCCGGAGCGUUCCCUCAAGUGCCUCGUAG